CUCUAGGAGGGGGCUGUGGCCCCGGGGGUCCGAGGUGGGGCCGGGUACCCUGCCCCAACGCUGUUUGCUGAGAGUCACGGAGGCGGAAAAGAAAUGCGCUCCCGACCCCUAUCAGAGCUGGAGGCCCAGGCCCAUCCCCCGCGCGUCUCCCGGGUUGCGGGGCGCUGGGGGCUGCUGGGUGCGCUUGGCUGCGGCGCGGCGCGUUGGAGACUUUAUUGCGAUGGGGCGAUAAGAGAGGCGGGGGCGGGGCCCGGGGGACCGAGGCAGCAGCGCUUUAAUUAAAACGGAAAUUGCGGCCCCUGCCCGCGCGGGGGGCCGGAGGGUUCCAGGCAGCCUGGUAGCUGGGAGCAUCGCUCCAGGACCCCCUCCAUUCCCCGCCACACCCGGGCAGCCCCCUCCCGCCAGGCCCUGCCGGACCCGCGCCGUCUUCUUGUCACCCGCGGUUGCCUCGGGCGGGGAUCGGUACCCCGGAGCGCAAAGCCUGACGCGUCCCCCCUUUCUCAUCCCCCCCCCACACACCUCCCACCACCCAGACCCUGACGGCGAUGAGACAGAGCGGCGCCUCCCAGCCCCUGCUGAUCAACAUGUACCUGCCAGAUCCCGUCGGAGACGGUCUCUUCAAGGAAGGGAAGAGCCCGGGGUGGGGGCCGCUGAGCCCAGCGGUACAGAAAGGCAGCGGGCAGAUCCAGCUGUGGCAGUUUCUGCUGGAGCUCCUGGCCGACCGCGCCAACGCCGGCUGCAUCGCGUGGGAGGGCGGCCACGGCGAGUUCAAGCUCACCGACCCAGACGAGGUGGCGCGGCGCUGGGGCGAGCGCAAGAGCAAGCCCAACAUGAACUACGACAAGCUGAGCCGCGCGCUGCGCUACUACUACGACAAGAACAUCAUGAGCAAGGUGCACGGCAAGCGCUACGCCUACCGCUUCGACUUCCAGGGUCUGGCCCAGGCCUGCCAGCCGCCGCCCGCGCACGCCCACGCCGCCGCCGCCGCCGCCGCCACCGCCGCACUCUACCCCAGCCCCGGCUUGCAGCCCCCGCCCGGGCCCUUCGGCGCGGUGGCCGCCGCCUCGCACUUGGGGGGCCACUACCACUAG